UAUGCCGGGGUGGGCGGGGCCGGAGGCAAGCCUGGGCGGAGUGACGGGCGCCACUCUUGCCUUUUGUAGGGCGGCCCGCCUGCCCCCCCCGGCCGGAGGGGAUUCACGCACCCCUCGGCACCCAGCCAGGCGGGACGGGACGGGGGCUCUUCGGAAGGGUCCCAAAGGCCAGAUAGAUAGAUCUGGAGGGCCGCAUUCAGUCCCCAGGCCUGAGGUUCUCCUCCCUGAUACUGAGAGUCGGCUGGUCUGAAAGGGGCCUGAUCCACCUUUUCCAGGCUUCCCCUGACACAAACCCAUCCUUAAACUUCGGGAGGGAGGGGGGCCGUUUGCCCAUCAACGCCAGAGCAUGAGCUGUGGGAACAUCUGAAAGACACCUGGGCUUCCCUCUGGGUGGGCUUCAGGAGCUGGAUCCCUGUAGGCAAGGGGGGCUGCAGAUUGAAGGACUUGUUUUCCCGUCCUGAUGGGAUGUUCUUAUUUCUGUUUGCUAAAGUUGCGUCAACAGCAGGGGUCUUAGAUUCCUUACGUUUUGGGAGCAGGGUCCCUAUGUCUCCAGCAUCCUGUGAGCCAAUCAGCAUGAAAGGGAUAGUGUGUUAGCCACUGGGAAGAGCCUCCUACCAUGCUUCCUUGUCUUUUCCUGCUGGUUGGAGGCAAUCCGAGUGAAAGGGGGUGAGUUAGCUACUGAGAAGAGUCUUCUCAGUAGCCAACACUCUCCCCUUUCAUCCUUUUUGGCUCCUAGGGACAUCUGUUUUUGUGGGAGAAAGCAUUAAAAAGGAUCUCAUUCUCAAUCCAGGAGCAAAAAAGGGGGGCAUGGCUGUGACUAUCACAAAGGGACCCUGCACUUCUGAAUUUGCCACUGCACUGCUUCAACUCUACAUAUAUUUAAAUGAAUUAACAUACCAACUCUUCCAGACAGAGUCUGUCUUUCUUCUCAUCAGUAUGGGUUGUAACGUGCCUUGCUUUGUAUGGAGUCUGGGUGCCUGUGCUUGUUCUACCUGCCCUGAGGCAGGCUAGAAAUCAAAACCAUCCAACCAUUCCUGCUCUCCCUGCCUCUGUGUGGGUGGAAGGGGGGAAGCUCUGACCCGCCAGCCCCCUCUCAACCACUUCCUGUUGCUCAGCGACAGUAAUGGGAAACAGACCCUGACUUUGCCUCUCUCACUUCUUCCUUGGAGCAAGAGGCCAAAGCAGGCAGAGGAGUUUUGUGCUUCCUUCCAGCGGCCCUGGUACUUCUCCACCAUCUGCUCUGCGUGCCCAGAGGCUCUUUUCUUCUCCCCGGACCACAAUGGAGGGAGAGCAGCAGGCUUGAAAUCACACUGGGCCUGCACCAGAUAUUUUUGCAAGGAGUCUUUUAAACUGCCUUUUCCAUCCCUUCUCAGCUGCACUGGCCCCAGGUUUGUUGAGACGCGUGCAUAAUUGUCAAUAUUGUGGGCAUAUGAGAAUGAGCAGUUCUUAUCCCUGGCAGAAGUAACAGUAUCCCCCCUUUUCCCCUCCCAGCCAAUGUUUUCAUCACUACUGAGGUGUAAAUCCUGCUUAGCCCUAUAGGUGUGCAGAUCACUGCUGGGGGUUUCUGUGCAUCUCCCUGAGUCUUGCAGAGAUGAAGUGGGAAGCAGCAGCAAUGUGUUAGGAGGUGCUCACCUUCCCCAUAGCAGUGAUCAAACUCACACCCUGAUCAGCAAGGGAGACUGUCAUUGUGUGGUUGGGGCCCAUAAGCGUGCAUGAUAUAUGCUUUGCAUGUUCAUGAGAAGUGGCAAAAAUAAAUUCAAAAAUACACCCUCUCUUCCCUGGCAUGGUGCCCAGCCCAGCUGCCUGGCUCUCAUCAAAGGCUUGCUAGAACUUUAGGAAAUCUUGCACUCAGGAAGAGCUGGGGUGGUGGUAUAUUUGCAGGUGAGGCUGAUGCUUGGCCAAAUGGACCCUGGAGGAAGGUGGCUGUGAGCUGGACUUUGCUCAAGGGGUCAUCCAAUCCAGCCUGUUCUCCUGACGGGGGAUGCUAGAGUGUCCUUUGAGAAAUGCUUGUCUAUCUGAAAAGCACUGAGCAGCUCUUACUCAGUGUAGCUCUGUAUGUAUGCCAUUUUACAUAACAAAACAAAAGUCCCUAUCCCAAGGCAGUUACAAUCAAAAGUUUAACAGUAGAGAGAGAAGUGGAGGAGAUAAAAGGAAAGAUCAAAAAGAGUUGCUACUAAUCCGUUGACCAAUUUUCUUUUUCAUUGUCUUAAUUAGUCCAUUGUUGUUGUUGUUAUGUGCCUUCAAGUCGACUACGAGUUAUGGUGACCCUAUGAAUCAGUGACCUCCAAUAGCAUCUGUCACGAACCACCCUGCUCAGAUCUGUAAGUUCAGGUCUGUGGCUUCCUUGAUGGAAUCAAUCCGUCUCUUGUUUGGUCUUCCUCUUUUUCUGCUACCUUCUGUUUUUCCCAGAAUUACUGUCUUUUCUAGUGAAUCAUGUAUUCCCAUUAUGUGUCCAAAGUGUGAUAACCUCAGUUUCAUCAUUUUAGCUUCUAGUGACAGUUCUGGUUUAAUUUGUUCUAACAGCCAAUUAUUUGUCUUUUUCGCAGUCCAUGGUAUGCGCAAAGCUCUCCUCCAGCACCACAUUUCAAAUGAGUUGAUUUUUCUCCUAUCUGCCUGUCCAACUUUCACAUCCAUACAUAGAGAUCGGGAACACCAUGGUCACCAUUCCAGAGUGAGAGGAUACCAGUGGUGCCGUUGAGGGAAUAGCCAUGGAGACCCAGAAGCGGGAGAUGGAGCUUCUCAGCAACAGCAUGGCAGCCUACGCGCAUAUCCGAGACAACCCUGAGAGCUUUGGCCUGUAUUUCGUGCUGGGGGUCUGCUUUGGCCUUGUGUUGACCCUCUGCCUGCUGGUCAUCCAUAUCUCAUGGCACCCUCAGGCCAUCCCGCCCAAGCCCCGCAAAAGCCUGCAAGACUUCAGCGAGGAGGAGGAGGAGGACGAGGAGGAGGAGGAGGAGGAGGAAGACACUGUGGACCAAGUAGCAGCUGAGGCCCACUUGGUCAUGACCGAGCUGCCUUUGGAGCCCCAUUCCACACCUGAUGGGACCCUCACCGUCAAUGUCUUUGCAUCAGCAGAAGAGCUGGAGCGUGCUCAGCGGCUGGAGGAACGCGAGCGAAUCCUUCGGGAAAUCUGGCGCAAUGGGCAGCCUGACAUCCUGGGCACGGGAACUGGGACCAUCAGCAGAGUCCAUUACUAUUGACUACGUGGCCAACCAUGGUCACAUUCCUCACCCUGGCAGGGUGGACUGCUACUGACCCCUUGAAACCCCCUUGUGUCACCCCAAGGGAUUUAUGGAUAAUUGCAUCAGCCAGCCAGUAUCUAUACCUUUUGGUGAGGACUGCUCUGGCACCACCUACGAGGGUAGCUGUUUUGCAUGGGGUGAGGGGUGAGAGAGGAGGUUUACUUCAGGGCAAGUGACGUGACAAAUAGCAAGAGGAAACCACAGUGACCAUUACUCAGUUAAAUUGUUGGAGGGGAUGGCCGGUUCAAGAGCCUUGUUGCUUUCCUCCACUCUUGCUUCCGUGUUUGUUUGACACCAGGCAUAUCUGGAGGGCCAGCACAGACAAAGCAAUGGAGUAGGAACCAUCACUGCGACCAGAAGCAGCAUCCUCGUUUACACGCGAGGGCAACUUCUGUUUCCCUCCAUGCUCAUGUGCAGGGAAUAGAGAAAGUGUUGCUGCAGUGCCCACUUGGGUAACAGAAAGGCAUGGGGGGGGCACAAUUGACCUGGGUGGGAGAAAAUGCAUGAAAGGGGAGAGAUGUCCCAAGAGUUGGCUGGUGUGGAGGUAGGAAUCUGUAUUUGCCUGCAUGAAUCUGGUUUGUGUUGUGCCAGACCGAUCCAGUGGGCCCAGAAGGAAUAUGGUGUCAUUGAGAAGGAGCGGGGCUUGCCACACCUGUUCUGUUUGUAGGGAAGAUACUGCUUUGGCAUAACGCUACACCAAAGAAGGCAGGCGAACUGUGCCAAAGUUCUACACUCUCCAUUUGCCCCUUUUCCUUGCCUGGGCAGAGGUGGGGGAAGAGCUUCAUGGUGGGUCCAUUAAGGACCAGUAUCUUCUACCUUCUACCAUCCCCCCUCCCAGUGCUUAUUAUUUUCAGGAGUUUUGUGAGGAACAGGCAAGCACUAGCUUGAAUAUUUUCCAUGCUACUAGGAAUUUCUCCCAGUGAAUGCUCUGGGUGAAGCACUUAAUCCCAUCACACCCUCAGCCAGGUUGAUGGGACAUCCUGUAGGUCUCUUUGCACGGACAGGGAGAUGGGGGGGGCAUUAAGCAUCAGGCAGUCCAAAAGGACAAAUAACAGGAAGGCUGUGGAUGGCCCAGCAUUUCCUCCACUGUCUGCAACACUGUUGUGGUUAUUAUGGGUCAGCAGAUUUGACCAAGGGCCUCUGCUGUUCCUUUCCCUGGUGGGAAAGUGGAAGGGGUCAAAUUGGCAGCACUCCCGCUGGUCUCACAGGGCUCUGGGCCUAGCGCUCAUAUACCCUCCUUCCCACAUUGAUACAAGACAUCACUGGUUUAUCACAGCAGAUAUUCUGUUCUAUAAAAAUGUGCCUUACCUUUAAUAAAAAUCAUUCCAAUUUUCCACAAAUCGCUUUGUGAUGUUAGUUUGACCUAAGGCUGUGGAAAUUCUUUGUCCUCCGCCUAAUUUCACAUGGGUGAGAAGGACAAUUGAGGGAGUGGGGAGCGAUGGCACCAAGAGACAAGGAGUGUCGCCCUCUCUUUUGCCUUGGAUCCCAUCUGCUGCUGGCAUGCAGCCCCCAACAGUCUGCAACAGAUUUUUAUUACUUUUGCAAUUUCAUUACUAAGGGAAAGAAAAAGAGAAAAACCCUUGUCAACUAUCGUGAAGGAAACAUUUAAACCUUUAUACAUCCAUUUUCGUUUACACAUUUACGGUAGAUCAAUAUAGGCCAUCCAAGUCUCCAGAUAUGUAUCCAGGUGAAGUUGGCGUUUAUAGAAAGUACACUCAGAUGUAGCAAGGGUGUUUAGGUCAUUGUGUAAUAGUUAGUGGAGAAAGUUCCUUUUUCAGUGCUUUAUAAAAGUAACUUGCAAAGCCAUCUCUACCUGGAGCUUUGCCAACUUUUUCAACUUCUUUCUAGGAGCAUGAUCCAAAGUCAUUAUGGAGCCUAUUCCAGCCUCUAGCACCCUUCUCCAUGGAUGCAAAAUAGGGGGUACAUGAGUAAGAGUGGUGUCUCAUAGAGUCCAGAGCUUGGAAAAGUUACUUUUUUGAACUACAACUCCCAUCAGCCCAAUCCAGUGGCCAUGCUGGCUGGGGCUCAUGGGAGUUGUAGUUCAAAAAAGUAACUUUUCCAAGCUCUGCCCUUGUGGAUGUGAGGCCCUCCAGAUGUCAAGGGGAUCAAAUGAAUGCAACAUAUCAACCAACCAGCCUUCCUGCUGAGAGGUACAUCUGGAACCACCACUCCUAUCCAUUGCAGCAUUGCAACAGUGAUUCCAGUACAAUGAGGAGAGUAGAAAGAGCCUAAGUCAGUUCCUUUCUAUACAGCAGCCCUCUUACAAAGAAAAAUCUCCCAUUUGAGUCUAGCAAAGUCUCACAGACCAGGAAGGGACACUUUUGAGCAGUUAGAGGUUCCAACCACAUAAAUUUGAUCUCCCAAACAUCUUCCAUUUAGCAGGUGGUGUUCACACUUUUUCCCCUCGGAUCAGGAUGCUCUCUCUUUAGCAAAGAUUCUAUCUUGUCCCAUUUAGGGGCAGUGCCCAGCCCCUUCACAUUCACUUAAAUAGGCUAUAGUGUGUGUGUGGAAAGUAUUGGCAUUAGGAUGUAGAAUGUAUAUCUCAUCCCCCAUCAUGACUGAGAGGAGAGAGGGAACAUCAUUCAGUACUUCACAAGGAAACAAACAUUUGAACUUAAAAGAAUAGCCCAACUAGAUGUGGGGUAGCGCUGAGAGCUGUGCCCACCUGAAGGGAAACUCAGGGGUCGGCGGGAGUCUGAACAAUUUCACAGACACUCCCCCCCCCAUGGAACAUAUAAAUGCCUAAACGUAUAUUGUGAUUAGCGGUAUGGUAGAGAGAUUGGAUUCAAUUACUCACGAAGUGACAGAGUAAGCAGUAAGCAAAGCAAUGGGUCAGCCAUUUUGAAUUCACUUGCUUUGGUGGAGCAGUAUUCGGUUUCUUUUUAGCCCUCUUUCCGUUCUGCAUUUGCACAUCAGAGCCAUCAUCAACAGCUGGACAUUCCACAUCAGGGAUAUGAGAUUCAUUCAGGAUUUUGACUGGUUGCUUAGCAUCCAGUGCUACAGAAACUUUCUUUUUGUACUCUGUUAGCAAUUUAAAGGGACAUCCCUUUAAUGAGAGCCUGGCUUCCCUGAAUGCCACUGUGAAUGGAUGAAAGUCAGGGCGACGCUUGAGGAUCUCUGGAGCAUGAUCUGAAAUAGCAGUUGUGUCAAUUUGACAUGGCAACGUGCUGUGAUAAGGGAGAGGAAGCCAAACAAAAACCAAUUUUGAUGUACUGAUGAGAGGAAAGUACAAUCUCAUUUGGAACCGUGUAAUAUGUGCCAAAUAUCAACCAGUCCAUAUUCAGACAUGCCCUCAAUGUUGACCUCACUGAGGAUUGACUUUUGCGAGGGACAGUGCACUUAUAUAAAAUUUGAUCUAAAAUCUCAUUAAAAUCUUCACCAUUCACCACAUGGUCAUAAUUCAUAUCAGUCAAGUGGCUAAAACACUCGUACUGGAGGGUCCACAAUUAGACCAUAUACAUUCACUAUAGCAAUUGUCUUGUUUGUGAUCUUAGACAACAACACAAGAAAACGCCCAUAAGGGUCAAUUACUGUUUCCAACGUUGACAAGCAUUUUAUGUGUAACUGUGGCUUUAGACUUUGAGGAGCCAUUUGCGUAUACCUCUGCUAUCCAGUCUUUACAAAAUCUAUCUUCAUCUUCCACCAAAAGAUGUGUUUCUUGUAAGGGUGGCACCAAGAGAAAAGGCGGGUUGUUCUUGCUUUUGGCUUCAGUCCCACCUGCUGCCAGCGUGCAGCCCUUGAAGGAAUGGGGCCCUUGGCAGACAAAUGGCUCUUCACCCCUGGCCGAACCUCCUUGAGUUCAACUGCUUUGGCAGUUCAAGAGAGCUGGAGAGAGGGGACGGACAGACACUUGGCCAUUUCCCAAAUAUAUUUUUAUAGCUUAACUUCUUUUAAUUUUCCCAUGUCCCAGAUCUGUCUCCAUCCACCAGCCUAACAUGAAGGUCCAAUUUUCCCCUGCCCCAGACCUUCACGUCUUGAGAGCUUUCUGUGUUGCUGCCUCCCCACUCCGUGCUUUGUUCCCAGGGGGCUUCUCUGCCUGUCUCCUGGCAUCAUCUUGGAAGGAGAAAUGGGUUGGGGGGGGCUGGCUUACUGGGGUCAUAGCCUCUGUCCAGUAA